AUGAAGCAAUUUAUUUGCUUUUUCUUAAUUUGUAUUUUUACAAUCUCAAAUGUUUUUACCAAAGAAGAUAUUCUUUCAGAAAAAAUUCAACAAUUAACAGAUUGGUCACUGAAAAAACCGAUUAUUCGCUUAAAUAGUGAACGUUUCAAGCAUUAUGUUAAAACAGCCCCUCGAAAUUAUUCCAUGAUUGUAAUGCUUACUGCAAUGUCACCACAACGACAAUGUAGCAUAUGCAAACAAGCUCAUGAUGAAUUUCAAAUAGUCGCACAAAGUUAUCGUUAUUCAAGUGCUUUUACAAAUAAAGUAUUUUUUGGUUUGGUUGAUUUUGAUGAUGGUUCAGAAGUAUUUCAAUAUUUAAAACUAAAUUCUGCACCGGUAUUUAUUCAUUUUCCACCGAGAAUGAAACCAAAGAAAAGUGAUUAUAUGGAUAUAAGUCGUUGGGGAUUUUCUGCUGAACAAAUUGCUAAAUGGAUUCAUGAUCGUGCUGAUAUUCAAAUUCAUAUAUUUCGUCCACCAAAUUAUUCUGGCUUUUUAUUAAUCAUAUUACUGGUUACGAUGAUUGGUGGUCUUCUCUAUAUAAAACGAAAUAGUCUUGAAUUUCUCUACAAUCAAAUUGUGUGGGGAAUGUUUGUUGUUCUUGCCAUUUUAAUUUGUAUUUCUGGACAAAUUUGGAAUAGCAUAAGAGGUUCACCAUUUCUUCAUCGUAAUCCUCAAACAGGUCAAAUUGGUUUAUUUAGUGGAAGUUCGGGAUAUCAAUUUAUUGCUGAAACUUACGUCGUCUUCUUACUCUAUAUCCUUUUUCUCAAUGAUCAUAGCUUUUAUUUUAGGUUUUUAGAAGAAAAGAAACAUGAGAAUUUAACAUUUUAUUUUCCUUAA